AGCAGCCUGCUGAGCGAUCUUUGAAAACUCUUAAGAUGUCCAUGCCAGCUUUCUCCUUUCUUCUCCUAUAUUUCUUGAUCAACGUCUUCUCCGCUGCUCAUAGCUACCACCUGACACAUUGUGAACCUGUUAAUGAGACCGUUUCUGUAGAGAAAGAUGGCUGCCCCAAAUGCCUUGUGUUUCAAACCUCCAUCUGCAGUGGACACUGCUUCACCAAGGAACCUGUGUACAAGAGCCCGUUCUCUUCCAUCUAUCAGCAUGUGUGCACCUACAGAGAUGUCCGCUAUGAAACGGUUCGCCUGCCGGAUUGUCGACCGGGUGUGGAUCCCCACAUCACCUAUCCUGUCGCGUUAAGCUGCGAGUGCAGCCUGUGCACCAUGGACACCUCGGACUGUACCAUCGAGAGCCUGAAACCAGAUUUCUGUAUGACCCAGAGAGAGUUUAUCCUGGACUACUGAACUUCAGAGUCAGACCUUGUUGUAAGAACUUCUUGCAAAAUACAAUAUGAAUUAAGAAUUGUUUGUUUGACCAAGAAUUUUCUUUUUUUCUUUUCUUGUAUGAAUGAGUGUGUGUGUUGGAUGUGUUGGGGUGUCCUCUGUCUUGUGCGCUGAGUCUCCUGCGAUAGACUCCAGGUUAUAUGUAGGAUAAACACAACAGAAAAUGAAUGCAUGAAGAGGAUAUUAUUUACAAUCAGUAACAAAAGAAGGUAAAAUAAGUGACAGAAACCCACAUAGUUCAUAAGUGCUGUGCUCUCAUUUUAACCGUUUUAAAUCCAUGACAUGCAUCCUUUAAUGUAAUUGAAUCCUGCAUGCUAGUAUGACUGUGAAUAAAAUUUUGUCUUUAUGCAUUAUUAAAACAACAAAAAC